AACCCAAUUCCCACACACGCAACUUACUUUAUCAGGGAGCAGAUGAUUCACCGUGGUCGUCUACUUCAGACUAAUUACAAUGAGAGAAAAUGAAGCCAAAAUUAAAACAGAGAUUUGUCAUUGUAGCCUAUGACAUGUUCUGUUAUUACCUUUGAAGCAAACUAAAGAGCAUGUCGUGAAAUCCGAAACAGCCUCCACAGACUAACACCAGACCUUUAACUUUGUACAUUUGUCUGUGUUAAUAUUGUAGGAGAGGAAAUAAAACAGUCGCAUAUGCAUAAGGUAAUGUACAACAAAUCAUCCUGUAUAGCCCCGAACAGGGGGUGAAAGCUGAUCUCUCGAUCUCAGGGCAUGAGGGGGAGAUCCCCGCGUGGACUUUGGAGGCAUGGUCUCCAAAUCCUGCGGAUCCUCAGCUCAGUUCAGGACAGUCUGAGAGAAUCAGCAGCCUGUGAAGCUGAGAGGGAAGAUGAGUUAUCCUGCGCGUUUUCACUUCUGUUACUGUGUCCUGUCUGUGGCUGUGAUUCACGUGUCUGUGGGUGAAAUGUACACGUCGCUGCUGAACGUGAAACAGGCGAUCAGCGUGGAAAGGAAGCUGAUCGAUAACUUGAAAACUUACAUUGAGCACGAGUUAGAGAGGCUAGAGGACAUCAAGCGCUUUUAUGCUAAAGUGUCCGACCUGCAUGCUGAGCUCUACAAAGGCCCGGUGACUGCCAUGUCGAACCCUUUGGUGGCCUUCACUCUGAUCAAGCGGCUUCAUUCAGAGUGGCUGAAUGUCGUCCAAAGCAAUGAAGCUCUGGAGAACGCACAAGCCCUCAGGUCCAGUUACAAGGAAGAAGAGGCAGGUCUACCCAAACUGGAGGACCUGCAGGGGGCUGCUAAAGGUCUGAUGAGGCUGCAGGAUGUGUACGCUCUCCAGGUCCCUAGUCUCGUUAGGGGUCGUUUCCAGAGGGUCACUGACGGUGUGCCUGUGGAUGUCACCCUGCCUACAGUGUCCGUCCUGCUUUCUGGUGAUGACUGCUUUCUGGUUGGAAAGGUGGCCUAUGAGCAGGGAGACUACUAUCACUCGGUGCAGUGGUUGGAGGAGUCGGUGCGUCUCUUCAGGGGAACAGGAGGCGAGUGGAGCCCUGAGAAUGCAGGGACUUUAGAGGAUGCUCUGGAUCACUUGGCUUUCUCUCAUUUUAAGACAGGAAAUGUGUCCUACGCUCUCAGUCUGUCUCAGGAGCUUCUGCAUCAUGAUCCGAUGAAUGGGCGAGUUUUGCAGAAUGUUGAGAAAUACGAGAAACUCCUGGUUACGAGUCCACCGAGGUCACUCGGCACCGAUGGACUGAGGAGACCCUCCUCCAAAUAUUUAAGGACCAGGGACACUUAUGAGAGUCUCUGCCAGACCCAAGGCUCUCAGCAGCAGAUGCACUUUAAAAAUCCCGGACUCUCUUGUGACUUCUUCACCAAUGGUAAUCCAGGUCUGCUACUGCUGCCAGUGAGACGUGAAGUCCUGAGCCUGCAGCCGUAUGUGGUCCUGUACCACGACUUCAUCACAGACAAGGAGGCUGAGGACAUCAAGGGGCUCGCGCAGACAGGAUUAAGACGGUCUGUUGUGGCGUCUGGAGAGAAACAAGCAACGGCAGAGUAUCGCAUCAGCAAGAGUGCAUGGCUGAAAGGCUCAGAACAGUCCACUGUUGGGAAGCUGGAUCAGAGGAUCUCCAUGCUCACUGGACUAAAUGCGAAGCAUCCAUAUGGGGAAUACCUCCAAGUAGUGAAUUAUGGGAUCGGUGGACAUUAUGAGCCUCACUUUGAUCAUGCUACAUCUCCUUCGAGUCCCGUGUACAAGCUGAAAACUGGGAACCGCCUUGCAACCUUCAUGAUAUAUCUCAGCUCAGUAGAGGCAGGUGGAUCCACAGCCUUCAUCUACGCCAACUUCAGCGUUCCUGUUGUGGAGAGAGCUGCAGUCUUCUGGUUGAAUCUCCAUAGAAAUGGUGAAGGAGAUGAAGACACGCUGCAUGCUGGCUGUCCUGUGCUCAUUGGAGACAAAUGGGUGGCAAACAAGUGGAUCCAUGAACACGGCCAAGAGUUCCAUCAUCGCUGCAACCUGAACCCUGAAGAGUGAGGGAGGCCGGAGCGAUAGCUGGGCCCUUUGGAGUACAAGUUCCUGCCUCUACAAUUGAGAGGCACACUUGCAGGCGGAGAGAAGGAGGGAGGCAGAAAGUGAGCACACAGGCAGGGGAGGUGAGAGCCAUUUUGGGGCAGCCUGCAUCUGUGAUUGGAGCCCCGGGCCCCAGGGAGCCUGGAGCGUGCAGCACAGAGCUACAGUGGACAUGGACAGCUUACUGCCGAGAGGCAGUUUGCAAUCAGCCCCCAGAGGCCAAACACUCUCUUGCAACUACUGGCCAGUUUACGCAGUCUGGAGAGAGGCCUCUGCAUUUGCACACUGAGCUGGUUUCAGUUAACUGUGAAAGGCUGUUUGCUCCUGCUUGCUUAAAAAACGGACAUGUGAUGCAGCCCUAGUCCAAGAACUGGGCCCACUCUGGGGUCUGUCGUUUAAAUCAGCACAGCUCAACUUUGUGAGAACUUGCAGAACUUCAUGUGAAAUAUGUAGGUGCACACGUUUGCACAGAAAUCUUAAGUGCCUGGGUGAAUCACUGUGAAAUGUUUGCAAAAAAUAAUUAUCAAAGUUUAAAACGGGUGUAAUGUGCGGCCAGAAAUAAAUGCUGAUUUUGGAUUGAGAAGAUACAGAGCAUGUUUAGCUGAAGCUCAUCUGUGACGGUUUAUCUAUAACCUCAAGACACCAAUUCAUGAGUCAAAGGAACCAUUUAUUGUGAUUGUGCCUGUUUAUUCCCAGCUGACUGAACGAUGUGAUCACUGCUGCAUGUGGGAGACUCCUUUGUAACUGGCUGUCUAACGUAACAGAUGAACCAGAUCUGUCAGCCUCUUAUUGAGCUUCAAAGGCUCAGUGUUAUUAAUCACGCUCUGCACGCCAAGUCAUUGGAAACCAGACUUCAUGUCUGAACUCACAUUAUCUGCAUACCUCUCAGAUACCUCAUACUUAUACUUCUUAGUCAGUCUCAAAACCAUGAUGCAGCACCUACACACUAAACUAAAGGGCCUCUAUAUGUGACCUUCAUGGAGGUUUCCUAUAGACUCAAAUACAAAAAAGAGACUGACUUUGGUUCUCCACAGUGAUUUAUGCUUCCCCUCCAGCUCCCUGCAGUGUACACAAACACACACAUAUGCUUUUUCACAACUGACACAUGACACAGAAAAUAUAAGAACAGGCCGCAUACUGCAUGCAUAUUGCAAAUUCCUGCAAGGAAACUUAACAGCAGGACUUUUUUGCCCCCCUUGAAUUGAUGUUGAUGAGUGAGAACACCCUUUUAAUAUUAAUUUGUUUUUAUCUGUUUGUUCCAGUGAUUAAUGUCAAAAACUUGAAAAUUAUUUAAUUCAGACUACAAUUUUAUUUAAUCGAAAAGGUUUGAAAAUGCUGUAAACAUACUCUGAAAAACACACUGCAACAGACAGUCAAAUAAACUGUAAUUACUCACA